AUGGAGGAGAAUCUUGUCAUGACCGCAGCACCCUACGCCGAUCCAUUUCUCUCCCCACACUUCUACGCUCUGUACAUGACCCUUUGCGCACAGCUUCCCUUCAUCACGAACGACGAGGCAAGGCGUAUCGUUGAGAAGGCUCAUGCCGAACUAUGUUCAGGACUCCAAGAUGCAGACCCCGCCGUCGAAGCUCGCAAAGCACGCUUCUCCUUCUUCAAUCUCCCCGCCGAACUGCGCAACCGCAUCUACGAAAUGGUCGUCCCCGUGUCCAAGGACUUCUGCGUCCAGACCUCCUCGCGCAAAGAAGUCAACCGCCGGCGAACUGACCACAUCAGCCUCGACUUCGGCACUCUAGAUGACAAAGACGACCUAGCUCCACCACAUUUGUGCCACGUCUCGAAGCAGAUCCGUGCAGAGACUCUCCCCAUCUUUCUGGGGCAGAACAAGUUCUUCGCGCAUGUUGACACGGACUAUAUGAGCAACAUAACCCGCCAGACGAGGGAGCUGAGGGACUGGUUGAACAUGCUGGGACGGGAGAACGCGAGACUUGUGAGGGAGGUUGUGAUCCGUAUGCCGUUGCCGCAGAGCGAGUGUACUUGGCGCGGUAGCUGCAGCGGAGACGAGCCAUGUACCAAAGACGACUGUCGAGCCUGGGCCCCGAAGAGCGCGCUCGAUGUGGCAAAGACGCUUAGAGUGCUCGGUGCUGGGGUCCCGUUGACCUCUUUCAAGGCAGAGUUCGGGGCUACGGUCAAUGGCCACGUCUGGAGUCCCGCACUUAUACAUCGCCCCACGGGUAAGGCGAGAAGAGCGCGCGACAUGAGCGAAGUGGUCGACUGGACUCCAGUACAGAUAGCAAAGCCGGGCGAGGAAGUCGAUAUUACCAGGGACGACGUCAGCUGUCCGAUCUGGGGCGUGGAGGAUGUGGAUGUGGAUAAGGAUCGCGACACGGAGCGGUGGCACGAGUGGCAUGGUCCGGUGGAGGCUGAGUGGUAUGACUGA